GGCCUCUCCCCUUGUGGAGACGCCGGGUGGGCGGGGAGAUCAGCGUGAACCCGACCUGCGUUUUCCCCAGACGUUUUGAUACAGUUGGCUUUCCAUACAACGACAGCUGAGCUUCUAGAGGGAGGCAAAACAAAACACGCGUGUAACCCGAGAACACCAAGCGAGCAGAUCCGGUGCUCGUGUGCACCCCCCCCGGGCAUCUCUUAGACCUUUUGCGACGCUUUCCCACGCCUCCUUUCGACGGGACACCAUGACGGCAGAGGAGACAAUUAACAUCAAAGAAGCGGAGAUCAUCAAGCUCGUCCUGGAUUUCCUGAACUGCCGCAAGCUUCACAUCAGCAUGCUGGCGCUGGAGAAGGAGAGCGGCGUGAUUAACGGGCUCUACUCGGACGAUAUGCUGUUUCUCAGGCAACUGAUAUUAGACGGACAAUGGGAGGAGGUUCUUCAGUUCAUUCAGCCACUGGAGAGUAUAGAGAAAUUCGACAAAAAGAGGCUUUGGUUCAUCAUUCUGCAACAGAAGUUCCUGGAAGCACUUUGUGUGAACAAUGCCAUGACUGCAUCUGAAGAUCCACAAAAUCUUCAGCUGACCAUGCAAGAGGCAGUGAAGUGUCUGAACGCUCUGGAGGAGUUAAGCCCAUCCAAAGAGGCCUACAGCAAACUGUGCCUGCUUUUAACUCUGCCUCAGCUUACGCACCAUGCCGAGUUCAAGGACUGGAACCCGAGCACGGCGCGCGUGCGCUGCUUUGAGGAGACGUGCUCUUUGGUCGGCGAGUUCAUUCCGGCAGACCGCAAACUCAGCGAAGCCGGUUUCCGGGCCGGCUCAGACAGGCUCUUCCAGCUGCUGGUUAAAGGUGUGCUGUAUGAAUGUUGCAUUGAGUUCUGCCAGAGCAAGGCGACUGGAGAGAACAUCGGUGAGGCAGAGGUUCUUCUAGGCGUCGACAUGCUCUGCGGCAAUGGCUGUGACGAACCUGACCUGAGCCUGAUCUCUUGGCUGCGCAACCUUGCGCCGGCCAUUUUCACAUGCGCCUUUGAGCAGAAGACGCUCAAUGUUCACGUCGAUCAGCUGGUAAAGCCAACCCGUGCAGUCGACUCUGAUCUUCUUGCACCACUUCUUGCUAAGUUUUCGCCUUCCCCGGCUUCACCAUUAAGACGCCCUCAGUCAGCCGAAUCGUAUGUGUCGCGUUCCCUCAACCCGGCGCUAGACGGUUUGUCAUAUGGCCUAGCAGGGAGGGAGAGAAAAAUCACAGAGGGUGAUGGAAAAGAUGGCGCACAGAUGUCUCACUCUUUUGCUCAUUUCGGCUCCAACGGCAGCCACAACAAAGUGGACAAAACCAUCUUUAUGGAGACACCAGACAGCUCUCGGUCUCGCACGCAAGAACAGAAAACGAGCACUUCCACAGAGACACCCUGUCCUGCUCAACCUCCUGAGGAGCAGCUGCAGGAGUUCCAGCGUCAGCGGCUGCGCGUGCAGCAUCACUUGGAGCUGAAGCAGCAAAAUAUACAGUUCUACCAGCAGAUGUUGCUGGAGGGGGGAGUCCAGCAAGACGGUCAGGCCUCGAGUUCCAACCAGCACAACCUCACACAGACCUUCCUCAGCAGGUCCAUUCAAAAGCUGGAGGAGCUCAAUGUAGGGAUGGAAGACCUGGGAGAGAACGUGCAAGCCUUGGUUCAACAGUGUAACAGUUCACAGCUUGAAGCGCAGCAUACGCGAACUCCCGAAAACGACAGUAGAGGCAAAAACAAAACCGAUGUGACGAGCAGCACUCCUCAGAGAGGAGGUAUCCGGGGCAUGCCUUCACUAGACGAGUCCCCGGUGCUGGUCAGCCGGAGUGUGUUUCAGGAUGAUAAACCCAAGUCCCCAUUCGUAGCAGUGCACAUACUUGAAGACACACAAGCCGUGCGGGCCGUCGCAUUUCACCCUUCCGGAUCUCUCUACGCCAUCGGCUCUAAUUCCAAAACCUUGCGCGUGUGCAUGUACCCGCAGGACCUCAGAGCCAGUGCGGAAAACCCGCCGCAGCAGCCUGAAGUCUGCUUCAAGCGCAACAAACACCACAAAGGCUCCAUCUACUGUGUUGCUUGGAGUCCAUGUGGCCAGCUUCUUGCUACCGGCUCCAAUGACAAAUAUGUCAAAGUCCUGCCUUUCAACGCCGAAACCUGCAAUGCUACAGGGCCAGACCUGGAGCUCAGCAUGCACGAUGGGACCAUACGUGAUGUGGCAUUCAUGGAGGGUCCAGACAGUGGUGGAACUGUCCUUAUUAGUGCUGGAGCAGGAGACUGCAACAUCUAUACCACCGACUGCCUAAGAGGAUUAGGUCUACAUGCACUCAGUGGACAUACAGGGCACAUCCUCUCCCUUUAUACAUGGUGUGGUUGGAUGGUAGCGUCUGGCUCUCAGGAUCAGACGGUGCGUUUCUGGGACUUGCGCGUGCCCAGUUGUGUGAAAGUGGUCAGAAGCGCUUUGAAUGGACCUGGAAGUGCAGUGGCUUCGGUGGCUGUGGACCCGACCGGGCGGCUCCUGGCUGCAGGUUUGGAGGACAACCGAUGCCUGCUGUACGACAUCAGAGGGGGACGAAUGGUUCAGGCGUACACCCCCCACGCCGGCGACAUUCGCUCGGUCCGGUUCUCUCCCGGAGCUCACUACCUGCUCACCGGCUCUUACGACAGCAAAGUCAUGAUUACCGAUCUACAAGGAGACUUAACCAAGCCUCUGCCAGUAAUGGUGGCCGGUGAACACAAGGACAAAGUGAUCCAAUGUCGGUGGCACACGAGAGACAUUUCCUUCCUGUCGUCUUCUGCAGACAGGACCAUCACGCUCUGGGCACACCACCCAUAACCCAUCCCUGAAACGAGCAACAGAAAAAAGCACAAAUCUCAUUCAAUUCGAUGGAGCCCUUUAUAAACUUGGAUCGGAAAGGACUUUUUAUUAUUAAAAGCGAAUUACUUUUCAUAUACUGUAAAAUAAAUGUUUUGCAUGUUAGCUGAUAUUAGCAUGUCGACCAAGGUUUAUUCAGAACUGCUGUCAUUUGUGCAGGUUUAUCUAUUAUGCAAAAAGACAAAAAGUUUAAAUCAGAAUGUUUGAAUUAUUUUGUGCCUUGAGUUUCUUAAUCUUAGGCUUGCCAAUGUCGUAAUAUUUCCUCGUAUGACAGUUUGACUAACUUUUUCCAUACAUUCAUUGUCCACUUUAUUGGGAACGCCUAUAUUCAUUCGAUUAUCCAGUCAGCCAAUCAUGUUGCAGUAAUGCAAUGCAUGAAAUAAUACAGAUAGAGGUCAAGAUCUUUAGGUAAUGUUCAUCUCACUUAGCAAAAUAAAAGGCAUGGAUGUUGAUACCUGAUGGUCUGGUUUGAUACCCUAAGGACCUGCAGAUCUUCUGGGAUGUUCAUAUACAACAGUCAUUACAGAAUGGUGUGAAAAACAAAAAUCUCUGAGUGAGCAGUGGAUGAUCUCUUUUGUGGGUGACAGGAGUGGAGUGGAAACUCAGUUUGAUGGGUGGUGUGAUGUUUUUUGUUUUUCACACCAUUCUGUCUAAACUCUAGAGAAUUAUUUGAUGUAAGAUGGGAUCCCUGUAGAGAAUCUUUAAUGCAAAAUUUGGGCAUGUGUGUUCGAACUAAAUAUAAAAGAAAAUGAAAAAGAUGAAAAAAAAAUAAACAUAAAAUCUUGGUUUUG